CGAGGACUGUCUGGCUCAGCAAGGCCUAUAAUUACAAGAAGGCCAAGGAGGUCCACGCGGAGGCGAAAGAAGUUCUAUAUAGCUUCAACAUCUUCUCUGUCGAUCUAACGCGCGAGCACAAUCGCCUCCUCAAUAAAAUCGAGCACGAGGAAAACGUCCUUCCGAACCCAGGCAUCGAAGCCGACGACAAUGAAGCAUACAGACGUGAAGAUGCUGAUCCUGGUGGCCUGCCCUAGAACUGCGACUUCACCGGCAUUCGCCAUAUGGAUCUCCAGCUGCACCUCUGGGACGCGGAAGGUACCUUCGAUCGAUACUGGGGAAUGCAACACCAUUGCAGACUCUCCGACUUCGAGGGUGCGUACGAUGUCUUGUCCAAUCUCUCCUUGCAAAGCUUCCACCAGCUCAAGGGACUGAAGAGCCUCCAAAUCUCUCUAGCGUUUGACGACAAGCGUACUCCGAAUCUCGCACGCUGGUGCCUGGGCAACGGACCGGCUCCCAUGCGCAUGCGGAGCUUUGUGCGGGACCUUGUUGCGACCAUCCCAGAGAACGUCGAGCUUUGGUGGGGAAUGACGGAAGUAGAGGCCACGAAGGCAGUGCAAGAGACGAAGUUCCGUGGUGCUCGGGAGGGCAGCUGGUGGGGAUUCGUGGCUGGCGAAGUGCUUCGCAAGCUAGCAGACGAGUUUGUGUGUGUGCGAGGGAUAGACGCAGCAUAUGCUAACGAGCAUAAUGCUCGGGCGUGAGCGAGUCG